AGGACAAGAAGAAAACUUCAAGUCCAACAUGAGAAUUCACAUCGGAAAGAAGCCUUACAGCUGCAAACUGCGGAAAUAGUUUCCCUAAAAAGGGAAACCUUAAAAGGCACAUGAUAUUUCACACUAGAGAGAAGCCUUUCACCUGCCCUCAAUGUGGAAAGAGUUUUACACACAAAAACACUCUUAAUGACCACAUAAGAAUUCACACAGGAGAUAAGUCUUUCCUCUGCCAUCAGUGUGGAAAGAGUUUCAUUCAGAAAAGAUACCUUAAAAGCCACAUGAUAGUUCACACAGGAGAGAAGUUUUUCCUCUGCCAUCAUUGUGGAAAGAGUUUCAUUCAAAAAAGAUACCUUAAAAGCCACAUGAUAGUUCACACUGGAGAGAAGCCUUUCACCUGUCCUCAAUGUGGAAAUAGUUUUACACAUAAAAGCGCUUUGAAUGUUCACAUGGCAAUUCACACAGGAGAGAAGCCGUUCACAUGCAAACUGUGUGGAAACAGUUUUAUUGAAAAAGGAAGCCUCAGAAGGCACAUAAGGAUUCACACUGGAGAGAAGCCUUACACAUGCUCUCAAUGUGGAAAGAGUUUCACUCAACAAGGAAACUUUAACAGGCACAAGAGAAUUCACACUGGAGAGACGCUGUUCACAUGUAAACUGUGUGGAAACAGUUUCUCGAGACAAGCAAGCUUUAACAGGCACAUGAGAAUUCACACCAGAGAGAAGCAUUAAAUCUGCAAACUGUGUGGAAGAACAUCACAACAAAACUAAAUCUCAACUAUCAGAUGAACAGUCACACUAGUGAGAAGCCAUUCACACGUGAUCACUGUGGACAAAGCUUCAGACAUAAAACAACUGUUAAUAAUCACAUGAGGCUUCACACUGGAGAGAGACCUUUCACGUGUCUUCAGUGAGAAAUGUGUUUCAUAUAUCAAAAAACCCUCAAACAUUAUUGUGGCAAACAGAGCAGGGGCUGAGAGCCAUAAGAACAGAGUGAGUCUCUCGGAAGGAUAAAAGGAGGAGUGCAAGACUAGAGAGAACAGGCCUGGACUUUAUGUUGUGGUUUAUUAUGUUUAUGCCUGUGAGGGGCUGCUGCUUUGCUUUUUUUUUGUAAUUAAAGUUGUGUGAAUGUUCACUGGUUCCCGCGGCUCUCAGCCCUGCAUGCCACAUGUAUAUUGUCAGUAUGUGAUGUAAGAUUUUGUAACAAAUCAGACACUGAAGACUUGAUCAGAAUUGUGUCAAAACAGCAUAAAGAACCAAAACAGCCAAAAAAAGGCCCACACUGUAUGACCAUAAUACUGAGACCUGUCGGCUGACACCACAAAGCCUGAGUUAACUAGAUACUCCUCUACGGAU